AUGUUUAAUAGCGCGCGAAUGCGAUCUGCGUUUAAGCGUCGGUUUGCCUCGACGAUCUCUCCAGCAGCUGACUGAUGGUUUCUGGUGACUAGCCACCGGGGGACGCCAUAGCCCUUCCUCUGCUCGUGGGGUAGAGCUCGCGGAGUUGAGAGGGGUUUGAUAGUUUGCCGUGACGUCAGCGGGUAGAUCUGGGGUCCGCGCUGCGCGUCUCUGGAUCAAACUCAGUGGCGCAGCAGCAGGAUAUUUACCACACUCUACCACACUCGCUCACAGCAUCUCACCUGCCUUCACCUGCUGGACUUUAAACGCUGCUAUGCAUCUGUGUGCUGUUCUGCUGUUUCUCCUCGCCAGGGUCUGUGCGGAAAGUCUGGAGGGGCCAACAGCUGGCUGCACGUUUGAGGAAGACUCCGACCCCAGCCUAUGUGAAUACAGACAGGCACAGGAAGAUGAUUUUGAUUGGCAGCUUGUACGGACCUACAACUUGCCACACAUGACCUCUGACCUUAUACCAGGCUCCUACAUGCUGGUGAACUCUUCUCAGUAUGGUGCAGGGCAGCGGGCUCAGCUCAUGUUACGUCCGCUGAGUGAGAACGACACACACUGUGUGCAGUUCAGUUAUUUUCUGUACAGCCGUGAUGGACACAGUCCCGGGGGCCUGAGCGUGUAUGUGCGUGUAAACGGCGGCUCACGGGGAAAUGCCGUGUGGAAUGUGUCCGGCUCUCAGGGGCGGCAGUGGCAUCAGGUGGAGCUGGCCGUCAGCACCUUCUGGCCCAGCGAGUACCAGAUCGUUUUUGAAGCCACAGUCUCAUCGGAGCAGAAGGGUUACAUCGGCCUGGACGAUAUAGUGCUGUUAAACUACCCCUGCUAUAAAGUGCCACAUUUUUCCAGACUCGGGGAUGUGGAUGUGAACGCAGGACAGAACGCCACAUUUCAGUGUGUGGCGACCGGACGCUCCACCAAGACUGACCCCUUCCUGGUGGAGAGGCGUAACGGUGUUCUGAUGUCGCCGUACUCAGUGACGUCAUCAGUAGGCGAGCGUCGACUGGUUGCAUGGUUUCAGGUGGGCGGAGCCCAGCGUGGAGAGCAGGAUCUGUACCGAUGCCUCACUCAGUCGACGUACGGAGCUGCAGUGUCAAACUUUGCUGAACUAAUCGUCAGAGUCCCGCCCACACCGAUAGCUCCGCCCCAGCUGCUGCGCUCUGGCCCCACCUACCUGAUCAUCCAGCUCAACACUAACUCUAUAGUGGGCGACGGGCCGGUGAUCCGCAGAGAGAUCGUGUACCGGGCCAGCCACUCUCCCUGGUCCGAAACUCAUGGAGUCAACUCACUGACGUAUAAAGUCUGGCACCUGGAGCCGGAUACCGAGUAUCGCAUCAGUGUUCUCCUCACGCGGCCCGGAGAGGGUGGGACCGGCCCGCCUGGACCCCCGCUGGUCAGCAGAACCAAGUGUGCCGAGCCCAUGCGUCCCCUCAGAGGACUGACAGCGUCUGAGAUUCAGUCCCGUCAGCUGCUGCUGCAGUGGGAGCCGGUCGGCUACAACCUGACGCGCUGCCAUACAUACUCCCUGUCGCUCUGCUACCGCUACUCCACGGCUGCUGGGGGCGGAGCCGGCGGGAAUAACGCCACAGUGAGGGAAUGUCUGUCGGUGGAUCGGAACACCUCCCGCUUCACGCUUCGGGACCUGCCUCCAUUCCAUGCUGUUCAUGUGAGGCUGGCGCUGGCCAAUCCUGAGGGCAAGAAGGAGAGCCGAGAGGUGACCUUUCAGACGGAGGAGGACAUCCCAGGAGGCAUUGCACCUGAAUCUUUAACCUUCACCCCAUUGGACGAUAUGAUCUUUCUGAAGUGGGAGGAGCCGCUGGAGCCCAAUGGUCUGAUCACACAAUAUGAGAUCAGCUACCAGAGCAUCGAAUCGUCAGAUCCCAGCAUCAACGUUCCUGGCCCACGGCGCACAGUCUCCAAACUAAAGAACGAGACGUAUCACAUGUUCUCCGGCCUUCAUCCUGGCACCACAUACCUGGUGUCUGUUCGUGCCCGCACCGCCAAGGGCUUUGGCCAGACCGCUCUGACCGAAAUCACCACCAAUAUCUCAGCACCUGCGUUUGAUUAUGAAGACGUCCCCUCUCCACUGAGUGAAUCUGAGAGCACAAUAACAGUCCUCCUGCGUCCAGCCUUGGGGAGAGGAGCACCUGUUAGCGCCUAUCAUGUGGUUGUGGUGGAGGAGGACGGCUCCAGACAGGUGAGGCGGCGGGAGCUGGGACACAUGGAGUGUUUCCCUGGUCCUUCCUCCCAUGGGGAGAGUCCAGGGGGAGGCGGAGGGGCAAGUGUUGCCCCGCCUCAUUACUACACCGCUGAACUCACACCCAGCAGCUUGCCUGAGGCUACACCAUUCACUGUAGGGGACAACCACACCUACAACGGCUACUGGAACACACCUCUGGACCCCAGCAAGAACUAUCUCAUCUACUUCCAGGCCUCCAGCAACUUCAGAGGGGAGACCAGGAUCAACUGCAUUCAGAUCGCUCGUAAAGAGGCCUGUAAGGACCAUAAGCGAGCUCUGGAGGUAUCCCAGCAUGCCGAGGACAUGGGGCUGAUCCUGGGGGCCUGUGCCGGGGGGCUGAUUGUUCUCAUCCUUCUGCUGGGAGCCAUCGUGGUUAUUGUCAAGAAAGGAAGAAACAUCUAUUCAUAUCCUUACUACCCCAGGAAGAAGGUGAACAUUAAUAAAGCGGUGAUGACGUAUCAUCAGGAGAAGACACAUAAGCUUGGGUCAUUGGACUGCAGUACAACAGAGCACAGUACACUGCAACAGGACGAUCGCACGGCGCACUCCUUCAUGGACUCACAUAACUGCACUGCUAAAAAUGAGCAGCGCAGCAUGGUGAACGAGUCCAGUAGCCUGCUGGGUGGUUCUCCCAGAAGACACUGCAGGAGGAAAAGCUCUCCGUACCAUACAGGGCAGCUCCACCCGGCCGUGAGAGUGGCAGACCUGCUCCAACACAUCAACCAGAUGAAGACAGGAGAGGGCUAUGGCUUCAAGCAGGAGUAUGAGAGUUUUUUCGAUGGCUGGGACAUAAAAGAAAAUAAGGACAAAACCAAGGGCCGACACGGCACCAUUCUGGGUCAAGACCGUCACCGUGUGAAAAUGCAUUCUCUGCUGGCUGAUCCUAACUCAGACUACGUCAAUGCAAAUUACAUCGAUAUUCGGAUAAACAGGGAACUUAAUAUGCAGAGUCAACUGCAACAGUGGCGUGAGUUUGGAGACAACAAUGGCGGGUAUCAGCGCUCCAACCAUUUCAUCGCCACACAAGGGCCCAAGCAGGACAUGAUCUAUGACUUCUGGCGCAUGGUUUGGCAGGAGAACUGCUACAGCAUCGUGAUGAUCACCAAACUGGUGGAGGUUGGGAGAAUGAAGUGCUGUAAAUACUGGCCUGAUGACAGUGAGCUCUAUGGAGACAUUAAAAUCACUCUGCUGAAAACAGAAACGCUGGCAGAAUACACCGUACGCACUUUUGCCAUGGAGCGGCGUGGUUACCCAGCUAAACAUGAAGUCUGCCAGUUCCACUUUACGAACUGGCCAGAACAUGGCGUCCCAUAUCAUGCCACAGGACUGCUGGCCUUCCUCCGGCGGGUCAAAGCCUCCACGCCGCCCGACGCUGGCCCAGUGGUGGUCCACUGCAGUAUGGGUGCUGGCCGUACUGGCUGUUACAUCGUAUUGGACGUGAUGCUGGAUAUGGCGGAGUGUGAGGGUGUGGUGGACAUUUAUAACUGUGUGAAGACACUCUGCUCGCGACGUAUCAACAUGAUCCAGACCGAGGAGCAGUACAUAUUCAUCCAUGAUGCCAUACUAGAAGCCUGUCUGUGCGGAGAGACCGCCAUCCCCAUCAGCGAGUUUGCGCUUACCUUUAAUGACAUGUUGAGUGUGGAUUCUCAGACCAACACCUCUCAACUGCGUGAAGAGUUUCAGACUCUAAACUCUGUCACCCCUCACCUGGACGUGGAGGAGUGCAGCGUUUCUCUGCUGCCCCGCAACCGUGAGAAGAACCGGAGCAUGGACGUGCUGCCGCCUGACCGCGCGCUGGCAUUUCUCAUCUCCACCGAGGGAGACGGCAACAACUACAUAAAUGCAGCACUGAUGGACAGCUUCCUGGAGCCGGCUGCGUUCGUGGUGACCCCUCACCCCCUGCCCACCACCACCGCUGACUUCUGGAGACUGGUAUUUGACUACGGCUGUACCUCCAUCGUCAUGCUCAACCAGCUCAACCAGUCCAAUUCAGCCUGGCCUUGUCUGCAGUACUGGCCUGAAACAGAUAUCCAGCAGUUUGGACCCAUGACAGUGGAGCUGCUCUCCAGAUCCACUGAUGAAAACAUCGUCACUCGCCUAUUCAGAGUGACCAACAUCACACGGCUGCAAGAAGGUCAUCUGGUAGUGCGACAUUUCCAGUUCUUGCGCUGGUCGGCUUAUCGUGAAAUCCCAGACUCUAAGAAGGCCUUUCUCAACCUGCUGGCACAAGUGCAGAAGUGGCAGAGGGAGUGCGGCAAUGGUCGCACUGUAGUGCACUGCCUGAAUGGCGGCGGACGCAGUGGCACUUUCUGUGCUUGCACCAUGAUAAUGGAGAUGGUGCACCAUCACAACAUGGUGGACGUGUUCUACGCCGUCAAGACUCUCCGCAACUCCAAGCCCAACAUGGUGGAGUCUAUGGAGCAGUACAGGUUCUGCUAUGAGCUGGCUCUGGAGUACCUGGACUGCCUGGAAGUCAGAUAACACAAGAGCUCGAGACACAAUCAACACCAGCUUCAACAUCUUCACCUCGCCUCCUCUGUUCUCUUCGGCUUGGGCCAGUCUAGCCCACAUGAAUGAGCCUUUCUGUCCUCCAGUGAGAAUGCAUAUCUACAUCAAGAGCGGGAAUGCAAGACUUGGCACAUUUCUCUAACCUUUAACCUCUAUUGUCGUCUGUGCACUUUCUGUUUUGAUGUUUCCGACCUCCUGUGCCAGAUAUUCCUGCCAAACAUCGAGGGAAUCAUUGGGAUUUCAACAGCUUUGAGAUUAUGACAUAUGUCGGCUUUGAUCACAUGACUGGCUCUCUGCCUUAUACACCAAGCAGGGGAAAACACGCUGAAUUUUUGCGAAACCAUGUGGUGCCAUGGGUGAUAUUGUGUUUGUACAUUAUGUGUAUUGUUAAACUCUGUACAUGGGGCAAUCUACUGCACCCGUUUUUACCAGAAAGCAUUCCUCAAAUGUAAGGAUGUGAAGGCUCAUGGAGCUUUUCUUUUCAAUUACUUAAAGGUGAUGUGUAUAAUUUUUUGACCUUCAUCUGCUUUCCCAGCUUAUUGUUUAGAGACCAUGAGUGAGCCAUUGAUUCUUUGGGGCGGGACUACAUUUUUGGCUGACCAGUGAGAAAUUGGGGCGUGUUCAGGACUGUUGUUUGAAACUGGUUAAUUAUUUUUGCAAAUCUUCCAAAUUAUUGGUAAUGCCAGAGGAGAAAAAAUUACACACUUCACCUUUGAAUCUGAAAGUGACACUUGAAAGUGUCAGUAUUUUGACAAGCAAGUAGAUAUAAAGAGGGUUUCUGGGUUUAUUUCUUGUUUUCUUGGUGUGUAUAUAUAUAUAUGUAUAUAUAAUAUAUAUUUUGCAAAACAAUAUUGUUUCUAGAUGUUGUCUUUAAUGUGCCAACACAUUUUUGUAUGGGGGGGGGGGGGGCAUGAAGAGGAUCACUCAUGGAUCUGCAUGCCUGUUUCAUGUUUCAUUGCAAUCCAUUGUGACCUGUCUGCUUUGAGUGCUACUGCCCACUGUCAUUGAGUGCAGUAAAAAAUAAAAUAAAAAAAUGUAAUUAAAAAAGUAUAUACGCAACUAUAUAAAAUAAUCAGAAAUGCUACUACUACAGAAAACGGUGAGGCACUCGCUAUAAAGUUGCUUUUUAUCUUUGUAUUGGUUGUUUUGUUUUCUAAAAAAAUAAAAAAAUAAAUGUCAUAUGAAUGAAUAAAACAUUCCAAUGUUGCUUUUA